AUGUCGAGCAAGGAUCGUCACGUAUUUGAGUCCUUCGGUGGUGGUGGGAGGAAGCUUCUCCAAGCUCCCAUUGGUGGCAUUUCAGUGAGCCAGAUGGUGGUUGUGGAUAAGGAGGGAGAACAAGCAGAACUUGAUGAUGUCGGAGAUGGAAUCGGCCGGACGACCAUUACCGGGAACAGGAGCGUCGUUGAUGGCUCCACCACUUUCAAUUCCUCCACGUUAGCCGUCGUCGCCCCAGGAUUCGUCGCCGUGGGAAUGACGUUCCGGAACACGGCGGGGCCAUCAAAGAUGCAAGCCGUCGCGGUUCGGAACGGCGCCGACAUGUCAGCAUUCUUCAACUGCAGCUUCGAGGGCUACCAGGACACACUCUACGUCCACUCCUUACGCCAAUUCUACCGCGACUGUACUAUCUACGGCACCAUCGACUACAUAUUCGGCAACCGCCGCCGUUGUUUUCCAGAACUGCCGGCUCAUGUCCUCGGCUCCCUCUGCCCAACCAAUUCAACGCCAUAA